CGCACCUGCCUGUAGUCCGGCAGACCAUGUCUAUCAUACGGCCAUUCGAGCUCCAAGAUGUUCUCAAAUUCAAUAGUAUCAACGUAGACGCUUGGACGGCAACGUAUCACACUGGAUAUUAUGCCUCAUAUCUGGCGCAAUGGCCAGACUUUUGCGUUGCCGUCCAAGGAUCGUUUGACGACACUUUAGCUGCUUACUUGAUAUCAAAGCAUGAACCCCCUCCGCCCGACAACCUACAUCACGGACAUGUCACUGCAUUGACGAUAAAGCCAGAAUACCGAGGACUUGGCCUGGCUCAUAUCCUGAUAGACAUGCUGGAGCGCUUGUCUUCCUCAGGGACAGAUUGCGUCGACGCGUGGUUUGUCGAUCUGUUCGUGAGAUGCAACAACACGAGAGCGAUAGAGAUGUACGAGAAAAUGGGAUACUCUGUCUUUAGGAGAGUCGUCGACUAUUAUACAGGUAUGGAAGGUGUAGGGUCUACAAAAGACGAGUUGGAUGGCUUCGAUAUGCGCAAGUCGAUGCCGAAAGAUACCACAAAGCGGCACGUUCGAUCGAACGGAAGGGAUAUACUCGUUUCAGCGGAUCAAGUCUGGGCUUGAGAUCUGGCCGUAAAACACAAAUAUAAUCAAAGUCGUUGUAUCUGUAUUGUCAUGUAAUCCGUAU